CGCAUUAAAAUAGCAAAAAAAGAAUUAAUAAAAGAAAAUAAAACACGCACAACACACACCAAAACAGCUCGCCAUCGCCAUUCUCUUCUUCCUCCUCCUUCACUCACUUCCCCCAAAUUCCACCCACCUUCUUAAUCUCCCACCCUAAUUCCUCCAAUUAAUCCCCCCUCUCUCUUCUCUCUCUCAGAUCCAUUGAAUUUCUUACACUCAAUCUCUCUCUUUACAUCUCUCUGCGGAAAUCGCUUCAGAUUACCUUCCGAUUCUCGUGUAUUUUCCGCCAAAUUUUUGGGGGUAUUACGGCUUCGGAGGAGCUCUGAUUGUUUCCGAUAACCAUGGGUUCGAUUGGAGCAGAUCUGAGCCGGAAAAUCCACCCCGAGCCGGUGGACGACUUCGAUCGGUUGCCGGACUCGCUCAUCCUAUUGAUCUUCAAUAUAAUCGGAGACGUCAAGGCCUUGGGGCGAUGCUGCGUCGUUUCGAGGCGGUUCCACUCGCUUGUUCCCCAGGUCGACAACGUCGUUGUCCGCGUCGACUGCGUGAUCUCCGACGACGAUCCUUCCUCCACCUCAUCCUCCUCGUCCUCCGCCGCCGACAAGUCGCGCCACCCGAUCUCUUCCCUCUUCCGCAUCUUCUUCUCGGGACUCUUCAAACCCUUGCAGUCCCUGUCUCAGCUCAUCGUCCCCUCCGCGCGCCGCCUUCCGCUCUCGGAUGAUUUCGACUGCGAAGCUGAGCAGAGCAUCGUCACGCACCAUUCUCCCACGCAGGUGUUGAAGAAUUUCAACGAGAUCAAGCUGCUCAGGAUAGAGCUCCCCACGGGGGAAUUAGGGAUUGAUGAGGGCGUUUUGCUCAAGUGGAAGGCGGAAUUCGGCUCCACCCUUGAUAGCUGCGUGAUCCUCGGAGCUUCCAGCGUCGUGCAGGGCUCGAACGCUACCGCAAUUAGUAGUGAUAAUGGAGUGGAGAGCGAUAAUGGCAGCAUACCGGAAUCAUUCUACACCAAUGGAGGUCUGAAGCUGCGCGUGGUUUGGACAAUCAGCUCGUUGAUCGCAGCCUCCGCCAGGCAUUACCUUCUGCAGCCGAUAAUAGCGGAGCACAAGACGCUCGCGAGCUUGGUUUUGACAGAUGCUGAUGGGCAAGGGGUGUUAUCGAUGAAUAAGGAGCAGCUGGAGGAGCUCAGGGUGAAGCCUCUCUCCGCUUCGUCUGCCUCGAAGAGGACUCUUGUUCCGGCUCUGAACAUGCGGUUGUGGUAUGCUCCUCACCUCGAGCUGCCUAACGGUGUGGUGUUGAAAGGAGCGACUCUGGUGGCGAUCAGGCCGAGUGAGCAGCCCAAGAAGGAGGUGUCGGGUUCGGAGGCGAAUUGGGUUGCAUCGGCGUUUGAGGAACCAUUUGGGACUGCUGCAAGAAUGUUGGUGAAGAGGAGGACCUACUGCCUCGAAAUGAACUCUUUCUGAAGGUGGGGACUUGUCUAAGGAUGAAGAGACAGAUGCAGAGGUAAAGCACGGCUACUGAUGAUCCCAAAAGCGCAGAGUGCGAAUUUUGUUUAGGAGCAAGCUGCAAGCGAAGCUGCAGAGAAUUUAUACAGCUUUCCGCUAUGACUGCGGUGCAAGAAGUCAGGUGAUCAAGGCGCACACCUUCUGCAAUUGGAGAAUAGGCAACUGCUUUCGUUUCGAACCCACACUUAUACUUUAAAGAGCGCAUGCUAUGCAACUGGAUAAUCAUGUUGUAAGAGUUAUGAGAUUUUGAUAAAUCUGUCUGUUAGUUAUAAUAUGCAUAUGUGAAUAUUGUAGGUAUGACUAUGCUUAUCUCCCUCCCCUUUCUUAAAAGGUUCAGCUGCAUAUUAUAUCAGCUGAUACGCCUCAACUUUGGUGUUGAUAUGAUUUGAUAUAUUUUGGUGAAAAUGAAAAGAUGUUAUUGGUGAUUA